GGAACAGCAGCAACUAUGAGGGCAUUCGUGAUCCUGGCGCUCGCCGCGACGGCGAUGGCGCGGCCGGAAGCCGGAUACUCUUAUAGCCAGCCGAGCGGCAGUUACGGUGCUCCUGGCGGCCUCGGAGGUGGCGGCGGCCUCGGAGGUCUCGGAGGUGGAUUCGGGGGUGGCGGAGGUGGUGGAGGCGGCGGAGGAUUUGGCUUAGGCGGAGGAUUCGGUGGCGGUGGCGGUGGCGGUGGCGGUGGUGGCUUCGGCGGCGGCUUCGGUGGCGGUUUCGGUGGCGGAUCGCUGAUCCAGAAACACAUCUACGUCCACGUACCGCCCCCGGAAGCUCCCGAGGAUCGACCGCUCAGGCCGAUCGCGCCACCGGCACCUCCACAGAAGCACUACAAAAUUAUCUUCAUUAAGGCGCCCACUCCGCCAACCCCGACCGCACCGGUGAUACCGGCUCUGCCACAACAGGACGAGCAGAAAACGCUCAUCUACGUAUUGGUCAAGAAACCCGAGGAAGCGCCCGAGAUCAGCCUGCCCACCAUUGCACCCACUCAGCCCAGCAAACCGGAAGUCUACUUCAUCAAGUACAAGACGCAGAAGGAAGUUACUGGCGGUGGCGGUGGUGGCGGUGGUGUUGGAUUCGGCGGUGGCGGCGUUACCUCGAUCGGCGACACCGCCACUAGCGGUGGCCUCGGCGCUGCCUUCGGCGGUGGCGGCGGCGGCGGUGGCGGCGGCGGCGGUGGCGGCGGUGGUUUCGGCGGUGGUUUCGGCGGUGGAAUCGGAGGCGGCACCGGCAUCGGUGGCACCGGACCAAGCGGACCCAGCACGAGUUACGGGCCACCCGGCGGUGGAUCCGGGCCAUACUAGUCAAUUCACCCCCGCUACCCCCGCGGCCCCUCCAUCCCACUCCUCCAUUCACCGACAUACACGCACACACAGCUCACAUACCUCUAACAUAAUCAGCGACGACGAUACUCGCCGUGUUGAUGUAUCGCCGUUACGUACGCGCGAUCGCCAAGACAAGAAGAAGAAGAAGAAGACGAUGAUGGUGAUAACGUUGACGAAGACGGCGAUGACGACGAUGAUGCCGCACACGAUAACGACGGCGACGUUGAUGAUGAUGAUGAUGAUGAUGAUGAUGAUGAUGAAAUACGACGAUGAGAACGACGACAAUGAUAAUGAUAAGAUCGAUUAUCACGACGACUACCACAAUGAUGAUGAUGACGACGACGACGUUGAUGAUGAUGACGAUGAUAAUGAUUAUGACGACUGGAACGAAGGAGAGAUGUUUUUUUAUACUUAUUUUUUGCAAGAAAACGGUGGCGAAAUAAAGCUUUUUUUAUGUA